GGGCGCGGGCGAUGUGACGUCAGUUCCGGUGGCGGCGCCGCCGGUGGAAGGGGUAGCGGCAGCGCGGCUCCGCGCCAGACCCCGCACCCGGCCCCGCUCCCGGCCCGCCCCGCCAUGGCCUCGCUGCUUAAGGUGGACCCAGAGGUGAAACUCAAGGUUGACUCCUUCAGGGAGCGGAUCACGAGUGAGGCUGAAGACCUGGUGGCAAACUUUUUCCCAAAGAAGCUGUUAGAACUGGAUGGAUUCCUUAAGGAGCCUAUCCUGAAUAUUCAUGAUCUCACUCAGAUCCAUUCGGACAUGAACCUCCCAGUGCCUGACCCAAUUCUGCUCACCAACAGCCACGAUGGACUGGAUGGGCCAAAUAUGAAAAAGAGGAAGCUGGAAGACCGUGAGGAGACCUUUCAGGGUACCAAAGUGUUCGUGAUGCCCAAUGGGAUGCUGAAGAGCAACCAACAGCUGGUGGACAUCAUUGAGAAAGUGAAACCAGAAAUCAGGCUGCUUAUUGAGAAGUGUAAUACGGUCAAAAUGUGGGUGCAGCUGCUUAUCCCCAGGAUAGAAGAUGGAAACAACUUUGGUGUUUCUAUUCAGGAGGAAACAGUUGCUGAGCUUCGAACUGUGGAGAGUGAGGCAGCAUCCUACCUGGACCAGAUUUCUAGAUAUUAUAUCACAAGAGCAAAAUUGGUUUCCAAAAUAGCUAAGUACCCUCAUGUGGAGGACUACCGCCGCACAGUGACAGAGAUCGAUGAGAAGGAGUACAUUAGUCUGCGCCUGAUCAUUUCAGAGCUGAGGAAUCAAUAUGUGACUUUGCAUGACAUGAUCCUUAAAAACAUCGAGAAGAUCAAGAGGCCUCGGAGCAGCAACGCUGAGACCCUCUAUUAAGUGUCAACGUUUGAACUGAGAACUGUUCAGUCAACUAAAGACCGUCAUUGCCUUGGUUUGUUACGUGACUAUCGAGAUGGGAAACUGGCUGGAAAUAGUAUCGCAUACUUAGUUAAACUCUAAAGAAAUUCUU